UAGCUGCCGUUUCAUCAAUUGGAGCACCUUCGGCCCACGGGAUGGCUGCUAGGUCUGCAGCCGGACCGAGUACCUCAAAUACGGAGCUCCUAGAUCUUUACGGUGACCUGAAUCAAAACGACGAGGAUUUGGACCGAAUUGCUGAAGCAAAUGAACUUUAUGACGCUGUUCUAACUGGCUCAGUGGAUAGUGACAAGAAAGUCGCUACAAAUGUGGCGCCUCCUAUCAAGAUGCCACCUAAAGAGGAGGCUAAAUCAACAAUAAUGAAAAGCCAACAAGGAAAAGUCUCUCUGAGGAGACUGUCUAUAUAUAUUGGAAAUUUCCCUUGGUGGACAUCUGAUAAGGACAUCACAUGCAUGGCUCAAACAUUGGGUGUGAAGGACAUCAAAGAGAUUAAGUUUGCUGAGAACAAAAUAAAUGGCCAGUCAAGAGGCUUUGCAGAAGUGGUGGUAACCUCAGAAGAGUCCUUGAAAAUACUGUUGGAGAAAAUACCCGACUGUGAGCUGAAUGGGGAUAGGGUAGACUGUCGCUUCGCAACUAGGCAGAACCUUGGAGUGUUUGAGGACAUUGCAAAUAAACGUAUACCGCUGCGUCUUAAUGCCAAAGAGCCUAAGGAGGCAGAUUUUUCCGAUAAAAUUCCCUCAUUAUUAUCACAGGAGCCCAGUCCUCUCCCGUUACCUCUACUUUUUCCAUCACAUCCACUUGCAAACAGGUUUCCCUCAUUACCCAACCCUUUCCAUAGUCAUCCACCUCCUCCUUUCCCACACAUGCCACCAAAUAUCCCUCCACCCAUGCCACCUCCUUUGUUCCAUCCUCAUCCAAUGCAUAUUCCCAGCCAACCAGCUCCCAGUCUGCAUGUAAAUCCGGCAUUCUUCCCCCCGCCACAAGACGGGCGCAGCAACCAAGGCUACAGCCAACAAAAACCGCCACCUCAAAAUACAGAUCGAGAUUUUGAGGAGCUGAUGAACCGAAAUAAAGCCGUUGCUAGCAGUGCCAUCAGCAAGGCCGUGUCUGGAGCAACAGCAGGAGACCUGCGGGUUGCGAUGGAAACUCUAUUAACUGCCAUUGCCAUCAUUAAGCAGUCCAGAGUGUUUGGAGAUGAACGCUGCCAAGCCCUGGUUACCUCACUCAAGGACUGUCUAGUCUCUAUCCAGGGAAACUAUGGCUACAGGAGUAGCAGUCGUUCUGGGGAAGACGAAAGGGAGCGGGACAGGGGUCGCGACAGAGAGCGUGAGCGUGAUAGAGAACGCGACAGGGAGCGGGACAGAGAAGAUUCUUCUGCUUGGGACGCUGCAGGAAUGUCUCGAAGACAUAGACAACGCUCCCGUAGCGGGGAGAGGGAUAAGGAGCGCUCCCGAGAACGGGAAAGGCACAGAGAGUACAGAGACCGAUACCGCUGACUUGACUGAUGGAGUGUUUGUGUGAAGCCGAUUGAAGACACGAUUGUUUUGUUUCUGCUGUUGCACAAAAAUCUUGGAAUCUAAGGUGAGACUGAAGAUGUAUGUCCAAAAGUAUACUUUUUUUUCCAACCGUUGUCUGUACAUACUGGGACUUUUACCUGUUUUAAGAAAAAUGUGGUUGUAGAUUUGCUGCUGGAACAUCAGAUUCCAAUGCUUGCAUGUGCAGGAACACCGUAACAACUUCCGAAAUACAGUGUACUGUUAUCAUUUUUUGUAUAAAUCUGUAGAUUAAAACACAUUCCCGGAAAAUACAAUCUGUUUGACUUGAUCUAACAUUUAACUUGUUUUAUCUGCUAACUGUGGAUCAAAAAUGUAUUCUUUAUUGACCGGUAUGACCGCUUCAAGUUUAAAUUAUUUUUACUGUCUGCACACAGUAGUAAUUGUCUGAGUCAACUUGACCACUAAACAAUUUUUGCCAACCGUUUUCUAGGUCUUUUUCAUACCAUACUAUAAGCAAGCAAAUUACUAGCACUAAUUUUACCGAGGAAAACACUACUUAUAAAUUUAAGAUGGUUAUUUUUAGGCCAUACAGUUCGAAGAUUGUGGUAACUGGAUAAAACAGUAGUGACGAUGUCAUUCAACCCAUUUAUUUAGAAAAAAAAGCAUUUCAAGGUGGUGCAAAGUUCCAUAUGUGUAUUCUAAUUGCCAUUUGUUCUGACAAAUAUUUUUGGCAUGGCCGUUCAGUCUGUCCAUGCUACAAGCCUAAAAGUUUGUUAUUUGUGAAGGUAGCCAGUAACAAUCACUUCUCCAAUGGAGCAUAAUUCAACAAUUUCUCAAUAAGAUCCACAUGAGAAAGGAGCAUCCGCCGACAACAGUAUCUCUUCAGGCCGAGGGCAUCAAGGGCGUCGCUAAAUAGGAGAGAGGGGGUCAUGUUAGUCCUAAUGCAUGGCAUACAGAUCAUUAAAUGAACAAGUCAGGAUAGUAUUGUAACUGGCAUCAGAUAAAUCGAAUCAUAAGUCUUAAUAUAUAUUGACAACACAAUACCAUGAAGGGAAUGGCUAUAGUGUUAAUUUGUUUUUGUACUGCUAAUAAAGUGUUUUGUCUGCG